CGCAGCAGCAACAAAGGUUGAUAAGAAGAAAUGGCUGACGGGUGCGCUUGGUUCCUGGUGCUGGGGUCUGUCUUUUUGUGCAAUCUCUUCAAAAUACUGUUGCCGACCAUUUCCUCUUUCCUGUCGAAGGUCCUUCAGAACGAUGUUGAGCAGGAGAGGGAUAUGAGGGCUGAGAUCCAGGAGAUGAAGAAGGAGCACAACUCCGUUAGCAUGAUGGAUGAGUUUGCCAGAUACGCCAGACUAGAGCGCAAAAUCAACAAGAUGACUGACAAGCUGAAGACGCAUGUCAAGUCAAGAACUGCUCAACAAGCCAAAAUGAAAUGGAUGGUGAAUAUAGGUUUUUAUAUCCUGCAGGCUGCUCUGAUGAUCUCCCUGAUUUGGAAGUAUUAUGCUGACCCAGUGACUGUUGUACCCAGUAAGUGGAUUGCCCCCCUGGAGCAGAUGGUGGCUUUCCCAUCUAGAGUAGCAGGUGGUGUUGGAAUCACAUGCUGGCUGGUGGUGUGCAACAAAGUGGUAUCUAUUGGUCUACAUGCUGUUAGCUAAGGAAUGGUAUCUUCUCAUGUCUUAUUUAUUCCCCAAAUGUUCUGAGAAUGAAGUCAGGCAGUGUUACUCAGCGCUUUGAUAUUAAAGUUUAAACCGGUA